AUGAAGCGUAAGCUCUCAGACGCUGGCGACCAUCCGCCUGUUUCCACACCAAAGCGACGGCGUACAGCCUUAGAACAAUCCAAUGGCGCCUCGAAUGGCCUCGCGCCCAACGCACUCCCAAACGGCGAUGCCUCCUACGAGCUUUCACCAUCAGAACGGGAUCAAUCAACACCUAAAAAGACCAACGGUAUAUCCGCGACGCCAUUACAACAGUCUGGCCUGAAAACACCUACGCAUAAAUCCAAGGCUCGUGGCUUGUUCGCCACGCCUACCAAGCCCAAGUCUGCAGUUGCAGCCACCCCGUCUCGAGUUAAGAACGCAGAUCGGUCUGCACGGAAGAAGAGUGCGCGAGUACUAUUCGAGCAGGACGAAGAUGCAGCAUGGGAUGGGUCGGAACGACUAGCGGAAGAAAUCUUACAUGGAGAUGAGCCGGAUACAGAGAAAGCGGGCCAAUCUCUAGCGGAGAGCAUAGAACCUGAAGGCGCAGAAGAGGCUCCCGAAAAGGGAGUAAAACAACCAAAGCGUCGUGCAGGACGACCGAAAGGUGCAAGAAAUAAGCGUUCCCCCACACCGGAAGGCGAGCUUCCUGCACACGAACGAUACUUCUUCCAGAACCGCGCCGGACCUGUCAAGACAUCAAAUGCCACUCUCAACAAAGUACCGCUGUUAACGCAUGAGGAAUACUUCGAGAAGCUUGGACAAUAUGAGGACCCGUGCAAGGAAGAGAAGGAAUACUUGCAAUCCUUGCACCACCGAUCUUUCCCGCAGUGGGCAUUCGAGUUCGAUGAAGGGUUCAACAUCUGCCUGUAUGGUUAUGGCUCUAAGCGCAAGCUCAUGGACGAAUUCGCGGAGUGGAGCUACAACUACCGCUUAUCAGCCACAACGACUCCAAUCAUUGUAAUGGUCAAUGGUUAUACACCAGGCAUCUCCAUUCGAUCAAUCUUCGCGACAAUCGUCACAGCCGUAAUGGGUGACAAUGCACCAUCCAAGCUCGGUGCACAGCCAACCGAGGUCCUUGAGCUGCUACAAUCCGCGCUCAAGUCACGAGAAGAUCCCGUCACUGUUUUGAUCAACUCUAUUGACGCACCACCUCUCCGCCGCGCAGCCAACCAAGCGCUUCUCGCCCGUCUGGCUGCAACACCACGCAUCCGUCUCCUUGUCACAGCCGAUACCCCAAACUUCCCGGUCAUGUGGGACAUCAGUCUGCGUGAUCAACUCAAUUUCGUCUUCCAUGACUGCACAACGUUCCUACCGUUCUCAGCGGAGGCCGACGUUGUCGAGGAGGUCAAUGCUCUUCUUGGACGCAAGGGCCGCCGCGUUGGCGGGAAAGAUGGCGUAGGCUUCGUGCUAAAGAGUCUUCCUGAGAAUGCACGCAAUCUGUAUCGCCUCCUGCUAACAGAACUGAUUACUUUACUGGACGACGGUCAUCAGUCAGACGAUGAAGGUGCGGCAGAGGGCGGCGGCAGGGCUGGCGAUGAGACUGGCAUCGAAUUCCGCCUGCUUUACCAGAAGGCAACGGAAGAGUUUGUCGCUUCUUCGGAAAUGAUGUUCCGUACCCUGCUGAAGGAGUUCCACGACCACCAGAUGAUCACUUCGCGUAUGGAUGCGAGCGGAAUGGAGAUACUUGGUGUGCCACUGUCCCGCGAUGAAAUGGAAGGCGUGCUGGAGGAUCUGGUGCUGGGGUAG